AUGUUGCAUGCAUUUCGGACCCUCUUUGGUCGAUCGCUUGCUGAGAAUGUAGAGGAGUUAGCUGUAAGAGAUGGGGAGGUUCAAAUCAAGGGGUUUAUCAGUCUUUCCACCUCCUUCUCGAAGGCAAGUCUUCUGGAUUGCCAACUCGAUCUUCAUUUGUGCCAUUAUUCCUCUGACCUUAGGGGCACCAAUUUAUUUGUGAAUGUCAAUUGUCACUUGCUUGCACCUUGUGAGUUACACAAAAUCAUUGAGGAUCGCCUCGCUUUCAACAGAAAGUCUGAAGGGGAGAUCAUGCCUGGCAGCUCAGUCCGACGCUCGCCGCAAAAGCGGCUGAGGCAUUCCGUUUAUGCGCUCAAUAUUGAAGUUCCACCACAAACUCUGGACUUGUGCCUCGCGCCUGCCAAAGACUCGGUUCGCUUCCAAAAUGCCAAUGUUGUGUGUUCGCUUCUGGCAACAGCUGUCGAGUUAUUUCUUCGCAACCAAAGCUCACUCUUGACGCCCCGUUCGUCAUCAAGUGACCACUACGCAAAGGGGACCCGAUCUUCCCCACCCAUGAGAACUUCGACGAUUCAGGAUGCGGACAUCACUGUUUCGAUUCCAUUGGCGGCCGCAUCAAGCAAGCGUGAUGCACAUAUCAAUCACCUCUUUCGCCACGACUCUUUCAGGACUCCUGAUCAACAAUCAUGCUCGGCUCCAGACCUGCGAAUGCUGUGCAAUUCAGAACCGUGGACCAAACUCCCCGUGCGUCAGAGCAUUGUUCCAAACUGGAUUGGUAAUAUCGACAGCGGCAUCACUAAAUGGAAGGACCCUUCUCGCACCAGCAAUUCAAGUGAUGCCGACUCUCUUGUGUAUCCAGACGUCCUCUCUUACACUCCAGGCAUGGAUGGCCGGCGAGAUCGGCUAGCUUCAGGAGGAUUGCAGUUGGAAACAUCUCACAUUGAUCGGACUGGCCUCAAGAGAUGGAGAGUGCGAAAUGAAAGCCGAUCUACGAUGGCUCAAGGCCGAGUGGAGCUCGAUUGUAUCAAUGACAUGGAUAGCUCGCAUCAACCUUGGGGGAUGGAGUCGGAAUGGGUGACUAACCUCCUCUUGGAAUGGGAAAAUCCCGUCUUUAAAGCGGGGGAACAGGAUAUUCCCUUGGUAACCAGCUCCCUUAUUGAUGAACACAAUUCUGGCCUCCCGCUUCUUGCUUCGCUCGUCGGGCGUUCGCAUAGUUACCCCGCAGCAGCGGCAUCUGAGGCGGUCCGGACGGGAGAUUCUUCACCAUCCAGGCGAAGCAAAUUUUUUUCGAAAAAUCCUGCCCUUUCAACACGGGGAGCUGGUCGUGGCAGCGAGGGUAUACGUUCGACGUUAUCAGUUCUGAGCCGUUUCUCCAGCAACAAUUUGAGAGAUGCAGAUGUUAUCAAUCAAGUGGACGACAAAUUCGUUUUGUGUAAAAUGCCUCACAUCAGGGAUUGGUUGGAGCUGGAGUCCAUGCCCUUGCAUGGCACUGCCCAGAUCGUGGCCCAUUCACAAGUCCUGAUCUUGGUGGAUCAACACGCGGCUGAUGAACGAAUUCGGGUCGAAAAGUUCCUGCAGGAAAUCUGCACAGGAUUCUUAUUUGGUGACAUUGGGCGUCGCACCCUUAGCGCCACCAAAGCUCGUGGGCCUCUCGGCCCGAGAAGCAUUGAUUCUGGAAGUGGCCGAAUCGUACUAACCUUAUCCGAGGCGAAACUUCUGCAAGGAAAUUACGAAUUCGGUGAGCAUGACCGAUCUGGCAGCGGAGCUGGAGCGCUCCUAGAUAGAUGGGGUUUUGGAAUCGACCUUCGAAGUUUGCAAACUGCUCUCAGCCUUGCUAAGCAGGGUUCUGACUAUGUCCAAAUUCAAAUAAUUAGCGUGCCCGAGCUCAUUGCCGAAAAGGCAUUGGCACAGCUUUUUGACGGUGACGAGUUGCAGGAUCUCGUGAGAGGGAUCAUCAACCGAUUCAAUGAUGACGCCUCUUUAGGCGGGUUGCCAGACAUCAUUCAAAGAGAUGCCAUCGAUUCGACAGAGCUAAAUGGGCCAGCCUAUUGGAUGAGGGCCUUAAGAUGGUGUCCCAAAGAACUGAUUGAUCUCAUCAACUCGAAGGCUUGUCGAGGGGCCAUCAUGUUCAAUGAUGCCUUGACAAAAGAGCAAUGUGAUCGCUUGAUCUUUCAGCUCUCUCAGACCACGUUCCCUUUUCAGUGCGCUCAUGGUCGACCAUCUCUAGUUCCCCUUACAAGUUUCGGUGGUCCGGAUCGUCGUCCCAGAACGGCGGCUGUUGAUUGGGAAGCUUUUCAGCCUCUGUGA